UCCUUGGCAGAUGCACGUCUGUGAGGAUUAAGCCCAGGAUUAGACAGCCUGACGGCCCAGCCAAGACUCUCCUCAUCUCACACCAACAGCUCCUGCACCACGACUCCAGCCAGACAAGAAUGGGAAGAAAACAAAUGUCCUGAUUUUCGGGUGUGUGACGUCAAGACACCAGCGGUCAGUUAUCCUUGUUGAACAUCUGAACAUACAAAAUGCCAAGUGUCAAACCCAAGAAAAAGAAAAUCAAGAAGGACAUUAAUGAAGUUGAGGAACCACAAGCAGGGCCCGAGCCAGCUAUAGAAAUGGAGGGUCUGGAGAGCCGCAGAGAGCCACUGACCCCUGAGCCUCAGGACAAUCCACCACAGAAGAAGAAGAAGAAAAAGAAGGCACAUACUUUUGAUGAGAGUGAACAACAAGACCUUCCAAAUGGAGAUGUUCAAGAGCCUCAUACAGAUGAUGAAGAAGUCACCAGAAAAAGCAAGAGAAAAAGGAAGGCUAAGAUGAUGGAAAACCAGUCUCAUAAUGAGCUCGGCGUGGAGGAGGAGGACAUCAUCACCGAUGUGCACGCACCCAUAUCUCAGCGCUCUCUAUUCUCAGCCCCUCUGGGUCACAGUCAUCCGAUCGGAAAAGUGUUUGUAGAAAAGAACCGCCGCUUCCAGGCGACUGAUCAUUUGGAUUUAUCCCGUGACCAAAUGGAGGAGUACAUGGAAGUCAGGCCCAUAUGGAAUACACGAGAUGUCGCCAUGAGGGUCCACAGUGGCUUCAGGAUCAUUGGACUGUUCUCUCAUGGGUUUCUGGCAGGAUAUGCGGUGUGGAAUAUCAUUGUUGUGUAUGUGUUAGCUGGAGAGCAGAUGACCACUCUACAUAACCUUCUCCAGCAGUACCACAGUCUGGCUUACCCAGCCCAGUCUCUGCUCUACCUCCUGCUGGCCAUCAGCACCGUGUCUGCCUUUGACAGGGUGAAUCUGGCCAAAGCAUCCAUGGCUCUUCGAGGAUUUCUCACUCUUGAUCCAGCGGCUCUUGCUUCCUUCUGUGAGUGAAAAUCAAUAAACUUUAUCAACACAACACUUACCUCUGACCAGGCUUAUUAUAAUUAACUAUAUAGACAUUUAAAUGGCUAAUAAUGACAAAAGCA